AAGCUAGUAGUUUUAGUGCCGAACUGAGAGAAGCCCGUCGAGCGGCGUUCGCUCGUCUGCUCCCUACUUCUCAACCCACAUUCGAUUCGAAGCCCUCAAAACCCUGAGAAAAAUGGCGAUCUCCGACCGAAACCCUCGAUUGAUUCCGCAGCGAAACCCUAAUCGCCGGGUCCGGCGCUUCCUCCUCCUCCCCGCCGCCGCCGCCGUCCUCUUCCUCCUCUCCACCACCAUCACCUCCUCCUCCUCCACCGCCGCCGCGGAUGAGGGAGCCAUGGUUAUCUCCUCAGAUCCGUACUUCGCCGGGCUUCCGAUACACCGGCGAUCGGUCCUUGCUGUCCGAUCGGACCCCCUUCGGGAGCGCGCGAACCUGAUCCGCAAGCAGGCUGGCGACCACGCGGCCCUCGCGGCGGCGUACGCCUCGUAUGCUCGCAAGCUCAAGCUGGAGAACUCGAAGCAGGUGCGUCUCUUCGCGGAGCUCAGCCAGAACUUUUCCGCCCUCCUCGGCGCUGCCCGGCCCCUCCUCGACCCCGCCGCCCCGCUCGAUGAGGCCUCCCUCCGCCGCUUCGAGCACGAGGUCAAGGACCGCAUCCGCGCCUCCCGGCAGCUCAUCACCGACGCCAAGGACGCCUUCGACAACCAGCUCAAGAUCCAGAAGCUCAAAGACACCAUCUUUGCCGUCAACGAGCAGCUCUCCAAGGCCAAGAAGCAGGGCGCCUUCUCCAGCCUCAUCGCCGCCAAAUCCAUCCCCAAGAGCCUCCACUGCCUCGCGAUGCGCCUCAUGGAGAAGCGCAUCGCCCACCCUGACCGCUACGCCGACCCCCCCUCCCCUCCCCCCGAGCUCGAGGACCCCCGCCUCUACCACUAUGCUAUAUUCUCCGACAACGUCCUCGCCGCCUCAGUCGUCGUCAACUCUGCGGUCCGCAAUGCCAAGGAGCCCUGGAAGCAUGUCUUCCAUGUCGUCACCGACCGCAUGAACCUCGGUGCCAUGCAGGUCAUGUUCCGCCUCAAAGACUACAAUGGCGCUCACAUCGAGGUCAAGGCCGUCGAGAAUUACAACUUUCUCAACUCCUCGUACGUGCCCGUCCUCCGCCAGCUCGAGUCUGCCAACCUCCAAAAGUUCUACUUCGAGAACAAGCUUGAGAACGCCACCAAGGACACCACCAACAUGAAGUUCAGGAACCCCAAGUACUUGUCUAUGCUUAACCAUCUCAGAUUCUACUUGCCGGAGAUGUACCCCAAGCUGCACCGGAUUCUGUUCUUGGACGACGAUGUGGUGGUGCAGCGGGACCUCACAGGGCUGUGGAAGAUUGAUAUGGAUGGGAAGGUGAAUGGGGCGGUGGAGACGUGCUUUGGGUCGUUCCACCGGUAUGCCCAGUACAUGAACUUCUCGCACCCAUUGAUCAAGGAGAGGUUCAAUCCAAAGGCUUGCGGUUGGGCAUAUGGGAUGAACUUCUUCGAUCUUGAUGCAUGGAGGAGGGAGAAGUGUACUGAGCAGUACCAUUACUGGCAGAAUCUGGUGAGUGGCUAUCUUCUAUGUUGGCUGACUUGUGGCUAUAUAUGUGCUUUCUGUUCAUAGAUCUUGCUUAUUUUUCUUCUGAGAUAGUAAAAACUAAAACACGAGCUUGAUGUCAAAGCUUGUAUUUUUCUAUCUGGAAUGUGUUAUUAUUUCUAGCUUACUCGCAGUGUGGUUGUAAAUUGGGCAAGACUGAUUAGUGACUCCUGCUUGGGAUUUAAUCAAUAGUUUAGUAAGGUGCAAGAAUAUGAUUAUGUUCAUUUGGGCAUGCUUUAUGUUUUUAUAUAACAGGGUAUCAUACAUAAAUAAUUGCCCACAUAAAUUUUCUAACUUAAAGAAUGUAGACAUAAUUCUUGAUAAAUGAUUUAUUAUAACACCAAGAAAGAGUCAAUGUCAAUGAAAAGGAACACAUAAACCAAUAUUUUGAGUUAGUCCACUAUGACAUAGAUCUUGUAUGGGACUUAUCCUUUCCUGAGAAACCGAUUCUGUUCCAGGCGAGUUUUUGUCUUUCUUAAUUGAUGCAUAUCAAUACAUUCUCUAUCUUAUGUAUUCCAGUGCCAGUUGAGAUUGAGCCAUAAUGUUGAAUGAUUUUAGAUUGCUAGGAGGCUUUUCAUAUGAAAAUGUUCUUGAUCAUGUUAUUCUUCCUGUGGUCCUUUACUGUUAUAUCGCAUUUCUUAUGUGGAUAAUCUGGUGGUGCUU